AGAGAGAGAGGAUUAUAGAAGAAGGAAUCUCCGCCUCUCCGCAACACCCCUGUUUUUCUCUCUCCUGCACGCUGUAUUGUGUAUAGUUGUAUUGUAUACACUUCAAAACGUGUCCUAUGUGUUAACAAUCUUAAUAAAGCAAAACAAAAAGCAUCAUCUACAAGUAGUAACAAAUUUCAACCCAUCUUCUAAUCUUCUUCUACAUUAUUCUCCACCAUUUCCAAACCCAGAAAAACAAAUCAAAUAAAAUCUAAAAAUGACAGGAGCAAAGAAAUUCGGAGUAGCAGUAGAUUUCUCAAAGAGCAGCAAGUGUGCACUUCAAUGGGCAAUUGACAACUUAGCUGAUAAGGGCGAUACCUUAUUCCUCAUCCAUGUUAAACACUCUUCUCAUGAUGAAUCUCGAAAUCUUCUCUGGGUUAAAUCUGGCUCCCCUCUUAUCCCUUUGGUGGAGUUCAGACAACCUGAGGUUAUGAAGAAGUACGAGGUUCAGACUGACAUUGAAGUUCUUGAUAUGUGUGAUACUGCUUCUCGCCAAAAAGAGAUUCAUAUUGUGACAAAAAUAUACUGGGGAGAUGCAAGGGAAAAGGUGAUGGAAGCCGUUGAAGAUCUGAAAUUGGAUGCUUUGGUAAUGGGAAGCAGGGGACUUACUGGUCUUAAAAGGAUAAUCAUGGGGAGUGUGGCAAACUAUGUGAUCAGCAAUGCUAAUGUACCAGUGACCAUUGUCAAAGAGCCAGGAACCCAUAAGGCCUGAUUUGGUUUGAGUGGUCUAAUUCAUGUAAUAGUACUGGUUAAGACCGACCGAUGUUGAUGGUUGUUUGUUUUACUAACGAGGGUUCAGAGCUCAUCAGUGCUGCUGUAUUUUUUCUCUUGGAUACCUAAUUUGUUGUUGUUGUUGUUGUUGUUGUUGUUGUUGUUGUUGUUGUUGUUGUUGUUGUUGUGGCUGUUAAUAAUUCUGGGAUGGCCUCGGAUCGGGCCAACUAGAAGAUAUCAUUACAGUGUAUUACUUGCAUCUCUUCAUACUUUCAUAGUAAUAAAGGAAACCGUUGUUUACAUUUUGGAACAA